CACGGCUGUGGGCGGGAGAAAGGAGCCCGCGCCUGGGAACGAGGCUGGUGACGUAGGCCGAGGGGAGUGCCCUGAAACCGAGGAAAGACUGCUGCAGAGGGGAGGUAGUGUCUGUGAAGCAGAAAAUGGCGCCUGCGAGGGAGCAAAGUUUGUGACGCGGCGUGGUUUCUGCCUCUGGUGGAGGCCGUCUUCCGAGGACUGGAGAAGAAAGGGCAGGUUCCUUGUGGAGCGGCACUGGUACAAACUGUGGGAAGUGCACGUGCAGGGAGGAGACCAGGACUCCAGCACCUUCCCUGGCUGUAUCAAUAAUGCUAAGCUCUUUGAAGAUGAGGUAAACAGGCACCUGAAAGAGGGACUGGUGGAAGGUGAGGACUAUGUGCUGCUCCCAGCGGCUGCUUGGCAUUACCUGGUCAGCUGGUAUGGCCUAGAGUAUGGCCAAACUCCCAUUGAACGCAAGGUCGUGGAACUGCAUGGCAUUUAUAAGGUCGAGGUGUACCCAAUAGAACUGCUGCUUGUCCAGCACAGUGAUAUGGACACACCUCACACUGCUCAAUUCAGCCGUACAGAUUCUAUUGACCUAGUUUCACGCACAGCUCAAGAGCAGUUUCUAGUGAGCCCUCAGGAAGAGACACGGCUUUGGGUCAAGAACUCGGAGGGUUCUUUUGAGAGAUUGUGCGACACACGCGUUACAGUUCUUGACGCUGCUCUCAAUUCUGGGCAGCUGGUCAUCAUGGAGACCCGAAGCAAAGAUGGCACUUGGCCCAGCAAACAGCCACGUGCUGUGAGCAGCACAUCGAAGGAGGAUGAGAACUUCCAGGGCCAACCAGGCAUCUGUGGUCUCACCAACCUGGGCAACACGUGCUUCAUGAACUCGGCCCUGCAGUGCCUCAGCAAUGUGCCACAACUCACUGAGUACUUCCUCAAAAACCGCUACCUGGAGGAGCUCAACUUCUGCAACCCUCUGGGCAUGAAGGGUGAGAUCGCAGAGGCCUAUGCGGACCUGGUAAAGCAGGCCUGGUCUGGCCACCACCGCUCCAUUGUGCCCAAUGUGUUCAAGACCAAGGUUGGCCACUUUGCAUCCCAGUUUCUGGGCUACCAGCAGCAUGACUCACAGGAGCUGCUAUCAUUCCUCCUGGAUGGGCUGCAUGAGGACCUCAAUCGUGUCAAGAAGAAGGAAUAUGUGGAGCUGUGCGAUGCCGCUGGGCGGCCUGAUCAUGAGGUUGCUCAGGAGGCCUGGCAGAACCACAAACGGCGGAACGAUUCUGUGAUUGUGGACACUUUCCAUGGCCUUUUCAAGUCCACACUGGUGUGCCCUGAUUGUGGAAAUGUAUCUGUGACCUUCGACCCCUUCUGCUACCUCAGUGUCCCACUACCUGUCAGCCACAAGAGGGUCAUGGAGGUUUUCUUUGUCUCUAUGGACCCUCGCCGCAAGCCAGAGCAGCACCGGCUCGUGGUCCCCAAGAAAGGCAAGAUCUCAGAUUUGUGUGUGGCCCUGGCCAAACACACUGGUGUCUCGCCAGAAAGGAUGAUGGUGGCUGAUGUCUUCAGUCACCGCUUCUAUAAGAUCUAUCAGCUGGAAGAGUCUCUGAGCAGCAUCUUGGACCGAGAUGAUAUUUUCAUAUAUGAGGUGUCAGGCAGGUCUUCUAUCAGCGAGAACACCAGGGAGGAUGUGGUGCUCCCUAUCUACCUGCGGGAACGCACCCCAGCCCGGGACUACAACAACUCCUACUAUGGCCUGAUGCUCUUUGGACACCCACUCCUGGUGUCAGUGCCCCGGGACCGGCUCUCCUGGGAUGCCCUGUACCACAUCCUGCUGUACCGCCUCUCACGCUAUGUGACCAGGCCCAGCUCGGAUGAUGAGGAUGAUGGCGAUGAGAAAGUAGAUAUGGAGGGUAAGAACAGCAUCCCCAAGCCUGGAAACAUGGCUGGGGGCAGCUCCCACAACUCUGGGCCAGAGCAGGCUGGGCCCAGCUCUGGAGUUGCUGGCGGGAGCCGGGCCCCUGUGAACAACUCUCCUGGACCAUCUCACUGGCCCCAGAGAGCACGGCGCAAGCACCUGUUCACCCUGCAGACAGUGAACUCCAACGGGACCAGUGACCGCUCGAACUUUAACGAGGAUACUCAUGGUGUUUCCUUCAGCUCCCAGCCGUACAUUGCCAUUGACUGGGAGCCAGAGAUGAAGAAGCGUUACUAUGACGAGGUAGAGGCUGAGGGCUACGUCAAGCAUGACUGCGUUGGGUACGUGCUGAAGAAGGCUCCAGUGAGGCUGCAGGAGUGCAUUGAGCUCUUCACCACUGUAGAGACCCUGGAGAAGGAAAACCCCUGGUACUGCCCCUCCUGCAAGCAGCACCAGCUGGCCACCAAGAAGCUGGACCUGUGGACACUGCCUGAGACUCUCAUUAUCCACCUGAAACGCUUUUCCUACACCAAGUUCUCCCGAGAGAAGCUGGACACCCUUGUGGAGUUUCCUAUUCGGGACCUGGACUUUUCCGAGUUUGUAAUCAAGCCACAGAAUGAGUCAGCCCCGGAGCUGUACAAAUAUGAUCUCAUCGCGGUGUCCAACCAUUAUGGGGGCCUGCGUGAUGGACACUACACAACAUUUGCCUGCAACAAGGACAGCGGACAGUGGCACUACUUUGAUGACAGCAGCGUCUCGCCUGUAUCUGAGAAUCAGAUUGAGUCCAAGGCAGCCUAUGUCCUCUUCUACCAACGCCAGGAUGUGGCACGUCGUCUGCAAGCCAAGCCCCAGUCUGGCUCAUCUGGUCCCCCAGCACCUCUUACUUGUGAAUCCCUGCCCAAAUCUGAGUCCAUGGAUGUAAACUGAACAGCUCUGGCCCUGCCACAAGAAAGGCAGCUAUUUCUGUUCUCUUCCUUCUUCUCUCUAUUCCUGUCCUCUUAACCUGUGUUAGAUUCCCCCUGUGCCAGGUAUCACAGGCUUAGUUGUGGCUACUGUUCUCUUGUGCUGCCAUAUUGCUCUUUCCUGGGGAAGAAGUUGUGUCUCCUCUCGGCAGUGUGUCCCUGCCUGUGUUUGCCCCGUAGAGCAUUAACCUUCCCUUCUAUCCUCUAUUUAUGGUUGUUCCCUUUCCUCUGUCCUCAGCCUGUGUUGUUCUGAGGGGGUGGUGGUUGGGUACACCUGAACAGAGUGUAUUUUCUUAUUGAGACCCUGUACCUUUCGCUGUGUAUAUAUAAAGUACCAGUGUGUUCCUUGGCA